AUGGCAGAGAGCCAUGCCAACCUGAAGGUGCUGUCCCGGCAGUGGCUGAGGCAGAUCCGGUAUCUCCUCCUCCCCAUCCCCUUCUCACGCGACGCAACUCAGGCGCCUCCCCAUCGGAACCCUAAUCCUCUCUUUCCCUACUCGCGGAAGCCACCACCACCGGCAGGGAAAGCGGAAGGGAAGCACCUCGGCCCCGGUAAGAUGGUGCUCGCGCAGCUGGGCAGGAGCAUCUCCCGCUCCCUGGCGCAGAUGAGCAACGCCACGGUGAUCGAUGAGAAGGUGCUCAACGACUGCCUCAACGAGAUCUCGCGCGCGCUCCUACAGGCCGAUGUCCAGUUCAAGAUGGUCCACGACAUGCAGGCCAACAUCAAGCGCAUCGUCAACCUCGAGGCGCUUGCCGCAGGCACCAACAAGCGCCGCAUCAUGCAGCAGAUUUACGCAGUGUCGAUAACAAUCCGUGUUGUGAAGUUUGAUUUCUUGCCGUUCAUGAUCCUGGUCAUUGCCAUCCUCAACGACGGCACGAUCAUGACCAUCUCCAAGGACAGGGUGAGGCCGUCUCCGCAUCCAGACAGCUGCAAGCUGAACGAGAUCUUCGUCACGGGCGUCUUCUACGGCACCUACCUCGCCGUCAUGAUCGUCAUCUUCUUCUGGGCCAUGCGCAGCACCGACUUCUUCACGAUAAAUGCUAGGCACUAG